AUGCCUAGAAAGGGCCGUUUCAACCUCAAGACAUAUCAAGGCCCAUCAUCGCCCGUCUCUGCCGGCUCCAGUCAUCAUGGUGCCGGCGGUGACUCACCCGCAGCGUCUGUUAAUGAGCGACUGAGUGAACUGCGCAUGACUGAGACGCCUGAGGGCCUACAAAAGAAGCGUGAUCUCGCUGAAGCUGUCAACUUCAAGUCAGUGCCUCCGGAGCUGAGAGGACUACUUGGAAUUUCAGAAUCUGCGCCCCCGAGGCCGAAGAUCGGGUUCAGGUUAAGGGAAAGGAUGAGAACGCCUGGUCCGCCCCCACCGCAAAGUUGGCUCGGGUAUCGUCCUCCUGGUAUCAUUAAUCGUCGUGCCUCGAAGGCUGGAGGUGGUAGAGCAGAGGCCAAAUAUGUCAGGCUAGAUCGACCAAAAGCAAUCCUUAGGUUCCAACGGAUGGUUGAUGGGCAACAGAUCAACGAGAAGACUGAGCCUAGAGGCCUUGUGCAUCUGACCAUGAAGCGUCUGGCUGAGCAAUGGGAUCUGUUCGACGAAGAAGAUUAUCCGGCAUUAGUCGAAAUACCGUUGAGACUGCGAUUGCGAUUACUAUCGUACAUUGGAUCUUACGGGCCUCUCAUUGAUGCAGCGACGUUGCAAGCAUUAACGCAAGGCAGUAAAGAACUCACAUAUCUGGAUCUGGCAAGUAUAGCUGGACAUGGAACUCUGACGAUGAAGAGGCUGGCGAGGAUGUUCGAGUCAUCAAGUCCAACGACUGUAGAUGGCAUAUCUGGGAACCUUGCUGAAGCAUGGGACGAUGAGUCGUUGGAUUUGUCCGGUCUGCACCUCACAGUUUCAGCCUUUACCAAUCUGACGCAUCUAAGUCUGUCUAAUCCCCCUUCUACAGCUUCGUGGCGUGAUCUUCUGGCCUUAUCGAAGCAUGUUUCACAACUCACACACGUAUCACUUGCCUACUGGCCGCGGCCAAGCUUGACCCCGAAUCUUGCUACGGCUACGAUAGCGAGCCCGCACAAUCGCGAUAUCGCCGCUGGUGGGUCAAGCAUCUACUCAGAGCUUGACCAGGACUACGCAGAACCUGCAGCGUUGCUGCGCAGAUUAAGUCACAAUCUAUUAUGUCUGCAAUGGCUUGAUCUAGAAGGAUGUGCUGAAUGGUCGCCUGCAUUGGGCACGCUGGCUACUGUCGAGCGACCUGCUUCUUCGCGAAGCUGGAGAACAAGGACCGAAAGACCGAUUACCGAUGAUGGCGGGUCACUCACAACCUUCGUCACAUCAUGGAAGAACCUCUCCUACGUCAACUUAGCACAAGGCUGGAUGCCAACACUGGACGGAGUGGGAUCGCUAGGUGCUACCGCGAACGAGGAAAUCAAGAGAGCAUUGUUCCUGAGACCUGCAAUGCUGUCGACUGAUCAAUGGAGCGAUCCUCAUCAGGUUGAGAAGCGCAAGGCGAGGAUAUGGAUGGAUCGGGAGCAUCGUACAUUGACUGCUGCCAAGGAAGUCAACGCCGCCAGAAGAUCUUUGCAGAUCGCUGGAGCUAAGCCGAUGAUGUUUGAUUUCGGUUACUUGAAGAAAGCUGUCUGA